AUGCUCGCCACGAUGAACAAGACCCUCGCCCUCGUCCUGUCUCUGGGCGCCCUGGCUUCUGCCCAGGCACCGAUGAAGGUGUACGGAUGCUCGGGCCGCAGCUUCACCGGCCACUGCGAGACCUUUACGUGCCCGUUCAACGGGUGCUGCCAGCUGCCCAGCUUCUUCCAGACCAGCCUUGUCUCGGUCAAGUCGGCGGGCUCGUACUCGUUCCGCCUCUUCACCGCUGCGGGAUGCAAGUACAGCUGCAACGACAACGACAACGGUAGCCGAAAGGUGGACAGCCAGGGCUGGGGCAAUAUCGGGGCCGCGGCGUAUGCGUGUGUCGACGGUCCUUACUAG